UUCUUCUUCUCAAUUUCCCUUUUUUUCCUUGCAGAAAUUUCCUCCGAUUUCAAAUUUUCCCGUGAAAAAAACAGAAAAAGAAAGAAGAAAAAUCGAGAUCUCUCUAAUGGCGGCGGCGACGUUGAGCAGAGAUCAAUACGUGUACAUGGCGAAGCUAGCCGAGCAAGCGGAGCGUUACGAAGAGAUGGUUGAGUUCAUGGAGCAGCUAGUAACCGGAGCAACACCGGCCGGUGAGCUAACCGUGGAGGAGAGGAACCUUCUCUCCGUCGCGUACAAGAACGUGAUUGGAUCUCUCCGCGCCGCGUGGAGGAUCGUGUCGUCGAUAGAGCAGAAGGAAGAAGGGAGGAAAAACGAGGAGCACGUGUCGCUGGUCAAGGAUUACAGAUCUAAAGUUGAGACAGAGCUCUCUUCGAUCUGCUCUGGAAUCCUCAGGCUGCUCGACUCGCAUCUCAUCCCUUCCGCUACUGCCAGCGAGUCAAAGGUCUUCUACCUCAAGAUGAAGGGAGAUUACCAUCGCUAUCUCGCCGAGUUUAAAUCUGGAGAUGAGAGGAAAACUGCUGCUGAAGACACCAUGAUCGCCUACAAGGCUGCUCAGGACGUAGCAGUUGCUGAUCUAGCUCCUACACAUCCGAUCAGGCUUGGUCUGGCCCUCAAUUUCUCUGUGUUUUACUACGAGAUUCUCAACUCUUCAGAGAAAGCUUGUAGCAUGGCCAAGCAGGCAUUCGAAGAAGCCAUUGCUGAGCUGGACACAUUGGGAGAGGAGUCAUACAAAGACAGUACUCUCAUCAUGCAGUUGCUAAGAGACAAUCUAACCCUGUGGACCUCCGAUAUGCAGGAGCAGAUGGAUGAGGCCUGAGGGUCGUAUGGAAGAAAAGACGGUUAUGUAACGUUCCCGCAACCGUGUCGACUUCAAACCCCAAAACCCUCUUUGCUCUAAAACUUGUCGAAAAAAAAAUGUUUUUUUUAUGACAGAUUAUGUGCACAGCUUUGGUGUUAUCUGCUGCUCUGUUCCUACUCUGUUUUUCUUUCAAAAUUUAUAUUUUAAUCCUCAUCUUUUCUUUUCUUUUCUUUUCUUUUCUUUUAUACUGCAAACAAAUUAUUCAGUUCCCCAAAAGGCCCAAAUCUUAGCUGGGCCUGUGAAUUCUUCCAGUCUCUAAAAGCCGAAUUCUAGGCUGUGAAGAAACGCUGCGUUUAGGAUUUAGUUUAAAACAUUAUUUCACUUGGGAGUGGGGUAAUUCUCGUUUACGGUUUGGUUUUCUAUUCCUAUGGUUAUAUGGGUUUUAUGAAAUAAACACAUUUGUAAAUCAGUUGAUUUCGAUUGUAUUUAAUAAGAUUUCGGUUUGACUUGGUUCAAGUACACUGAA